CAUCGAGUUUUGUUUCAGUCGCAACCGAGUCGCGCUUUUGUUGCGGUCGUUCCUCUAACUCUCACUUCUCCGCUCCUGCCGAAGCAAGUCAGUCCUGCGAACGGCCCGACAGGCCCGAUUGAGCAGUAGCAGGAAGUCGCACUCAGCCGGAAGCGAAGCGUGCGCGCUACCCAUCCCAACUCGCAUCAGUACUCGUGCAUGACGCUAUUCUCUGAUAAGAGAUAACAAGCGGCGAUAUCUUUUUAUAGAUUAGAGAUAACCAGUCAUCAGAGCGAGGUUUAGCAUCAGUUUAAUAGAACAAGAUGAGGGUUGCGGUCGGCCUGAGCGCGAGUCUUGCAGUGUUGUUCAGUUUCCUGGGGGCGGUUUCUUCAGCCCCCGGCGGCAGCAGUGCCAUGUGGAAGUUCUAUGACGAUGAGUACAAUGACCUGCUAGGAACGCUCUACCUGUCCCAAUACGGAUACUUGGGACCAGUCAAAGCCAAUUCCAGUCAACUUUUGGACGAAAGCAGCUUCAGGAAAGCAGUUGAGGAUUUCCAAAGCUUUGCAGGCCUCACUGUUACCGGCGAACUGGACGACCAGACUAUGGAAACUAUGCAACUGCCCCGAUGUGGAGUCAAAGACAAAGUUGGCACUGGCGACAACAGAGCGAAGCGAUACGCUUUACAAGGCAGCAGAUGGAAGGUGAAGAACCUGAGCUACAAAAUCUCCAAAUACCCGCCAAAGCUGAAGCGCAAAGAAGUGGAUGCGGAAGUGCAAAGAGCCUUCAAUGUCUGGUCUGGAUACACGGAUCUCAGCUUCACUCCUAAGAGCGGCCAGGUUCACAUUGAGAUCCGAUUUGAGACUGGGGAACAUGGAGAUGGCGAUCCGUUUGAUGGGCCUGGAGGCACUUUGGCACAUGCCUAUUUUCCGCCAAGAGAUCAGCAAUACUUAACAUCACCGCACAUCAACUUCCCCUUUUCACAAGGGUUCAGGCAAAGGUUUUUCGGUGUCGGUCGCCAGUUUCAACCAUGGUUCUCAUUGGGACCCUGGUUCCAAACACCGUCAUACACGCCCACAUUCCACCCUCAGAACCCCGCCGCUCAUCCGGGUAAAGUUUUUGGAGGCGACGCCCACUUUGAUGCCUCUGAAAGCUGGUCGAUCAACAGCUACAGAGGGACGAAUCUGUUCCAAGUGGCCGCUCAUGAGUUCGGGCACUCUUUGGGUCUGAGCCAUUCUGAUGUGCGCUCAGCGCUCAUGGCUCCCUUCUACCGAGGCUACGAUCCCGCUUUCAGCCUGGACCAAGACGAUGUGUCGGGGAUUCAGGCGCUUUAUGGGAAGAAGACCACCAAGAGCGCCCCCUCUGGGGAUGACGACGCAGGAGUUGGGGAAAGUCAAGAUGUCCCCAAUACCGUCAACGAGCCAGAGUCAGGCAGUAGAGACACCUCAUUGUGCCAAGACCCCACUUUCGACACCAUCUUCAACUCGGCCGAUGGCUUCACCUACAUCUUCAAGGGCAGCAAAUACUGGAGACUGACGGAGGAAAGCAUCGCCCCCGGCUACCCGAAGAUGAUCUCUGAAGGCUGGCCUGGAUUGGUGGGCAACAUCGACGCAGCCUUCACCUACAAGAACGGCAAGAGCUACUUCUUCAAAGGCUCAAAGUACUGGCG